UCUAUUAGUGCAGCCCAUUGACCUGUACCCAGUACUCGGAUGCCUGCGCGGGCAUCCCCUGACACAAAGGCUGUUUAAAGAAGUGCUACUGCCAAAUGUACUGCCCUAUGGAACAAGACUAGUCGAUCAGCUUUGGCUACUGAAAUAGUUGAUGAGUUGGUGUCAAAAAAGCUGCUUGUACCUUGUACAACACGAUGGAAUUCCUUCUAUGAUGCCCUGGCUCGAAUCUGUGAAAUAUCCAUGGUAGACCUUAACACCAUUUCCUCCAAAUAAGGACUGCCAGCAAUAACGGAAAGGGAACAACAGUUUUUAAAGGAGUACUGUAUUGCGAUGAAGCCCCUUACAGUUGCCUUGGAUAUACUUCAGGGAGAAGAGAAUUGUUUUCAUGGUACACUCCUACCAACAAUUGAGACAUUAAUGUUGAAGACAGAAGCCCUUCAAAGUGGCCUGCAAAUACUGAGGGACUUUCCUGACGCCAUAGUCACAGCUAUCAAAACCAGAUUUGCUGAUGUCCUGGGAAAUGAAGAGGCUAUACUUGCUGCCGUAACUCUCACAAAAUUCAAGCUUCGCUGGCUGCGGUCACAGGAGUUAAAGGAUAAGUUUAAGGCAAGUUUGCUGGCAGAGUGCCGAAGAAUUGUCCUUGAAGAACCACAACAAGGUAACAGCACAUCUACACAACAACAUCACACAGAUUCAGCCAAAGAGAACGAUUUAUUUUCCUUUGAGGAGGAUGAGGAGGAAACAACCUCUUUAGCAGAAAACCAGGUGGCAGACUAUAUAAGAUCUUCAGCACAAAAUAUUGACUCUCUGUGUGGAUUUUCUCUCAUCAAGAAAAUUUCGCUACGUUACAAUGCUGCUACUCCAUCUAGUGCACCUGUUGAGAGACUGUUCAGCCUGGGCAAGCUUGUCUUCUCUCCAAAGAGGAACAGACUGUCAGACCAAAAAUUUGAAAAGCUUCUCCUCCUACGUUACAACCACUGGUUAACUUGUUAGAUGAUGAGAGGAGUAUUUCAGUAUAGAUUAAGGUAUUGUUUGUUUUCACAGACAACAAACAACAUGUUAAUCUAUAUGGAGAGUUGGAUAGUGUUCUGUUUAUUGUGCACUGCAGUAUUAUACAGAUACAGAUAAUUGCACUAAUUAAAGGCAAGA